AUAUGGCAGCGCCCGCAAAACCAGGUUUAAUUGUUCUCGCCCAGCUCUCCCGCCUGCGUCUACAGACAAGUCCGUGUGUAGGGACAUCGUUUGUCCAACUACGAAACUAUGCGGCUAGAAAGGGAAAGCGAGCGGCCGUACAGAAAGCGAAACGCGCCAUGGCGAAAACUGAGGAAAAGAAAGAAUGGAAACCAAAGCGCUUAUUAAUGAAGGACGAGGCGUUCAUGGGUGAGCGUCCGCAGGCUACGGCAGAGUGGCUCGCGCGACGCCCCACUGACGACGUGUACCUGCGCGCGUUCUACCCGCCCCCGCGUCUGUCCGUCCCCGACGCCGUCGCUCGCCUCGCCGACGUUAACGCUCCGGAGAUGUACGACAACAUGGACGGAUACCUCUACCUGAAGCUGCACCUAGACAUGCGCAUGGAGAAGAAGAACAAGUUCUUGGACGCGUUUAAGCGAACGGUGAUGAUGCCAAACUACUUUGAGGUGAAGGAAGAGAAGACUGUCCUUGUGUUGUGCAAGUCGCUCGCUGACCAGACGAAAGCACGUGACCUUGGGGCGACCCUCGUCGGUGGAACCGAGAUCAUAAAACAACUGGAGAAGGGAAAAUUGGACAAGGGUGAUUACAACACGAUCAUUGCCUCCAACGACAUUAUCCCCGACCUAAUCGUAAUUAGAGGUUACUUGCGGAAGCAAUUCCCGAACACUAGAAAUGAUUCACUAGGAUCUGACGUCGGGGUAAUGGUCCACAACUAUCUAAACGGUGUCACCAUGCAGGCAGAGAAACCAGCUGGAGUCCAUAGUUAUGCUAACAUAGUUGUGCCUGUAGGAAGGCUGAAUAUGAAUCCAGAAGAACUGGAGGCAAAUGUAAAGAACAUGAUCAACCAAGCAAUGUCACACAAGCCGAAUAGAGCGUUUUCAGACAAGUUCAUCACAAGGAGCCUAUUAACAGUUCCUCCUGGCAAGGAAAACUUCGACCUUAACACCGAGUCUUACAUCGAAGCUCCGAAAAAAUCGAACAAGAAAGACAAACAGGCUGACGCCGGCGAGGAGGAGGGAGCGGAGGAAAGCAAGAUGGCCGCCACAAACUGAUGUGAAUGUUCACCACAGGGGGAGCUGGCGAGUUGGCCAGGUUGUGCCAAGAUAACGAAAGCAAUUUGCUUGUCGAAGAUCUAACUGCAACACGCCAAGGUAAUCUCUAAAGAGUAUGUGUAGAAUACAAAGCAGAAGGUUAUAGUAGACAGUGGCACCAGGUUAUCGGAGACAUAGUUAAAAUAGCUGACGUCAUGAAUAGCUUGUGGGCCUACGUGCUAGUGUUUGGCAAAUUGUCAUGCCAAAGUUCAUUCACGAACGUUUGUACUGUGUCUUUCAGCCAGGCUUUUUAAAAAUACAACCUCAUUACAGUUUAUCAAUUAUGAUUUGAUGGAAUAAUAUGAAACCCACUGUAAUGUAUAAAUAAUAGUGAACCCUAAUGGGGUUUAUAAAACGAAAAAAAUUUGUUUGUUGAACAUUCA